AUGGCGAGGGUGGAUCCCGGCCUAGUCGGUUAUGGGGUACCCGACGCCAUCAGAGUGGCAAUUAAGAUAAUAGACAUCGAACAAGGCAAGAAGGACUACGUGAUGAAGAACCUGACGAGGGAAGCGAAGGUCUUGUCAAUGCUGCAGCAUCCGAGCAUCGUGAGGCUCUACGAAACUAUUCGAUGUGGAUCCGUGUACUAUCUCGUGACGGAACUCGCGACCGGCGGUGACCUGUGCACGCACAUUAAGGAGCAGCCGGCCGGUAAACUGGACGAGAACACGGCGAGGCUCUAUGCCAGACAGCUGGUCGCCGCGCUCAAGCACAUGCACUCGAAAGGAGUCGUUCACCGGGAUCUCAAAAUGGAGAAUAUUGUGCUACAGGACGAACGCAAGGAACAGAUCAAGAUAGUAGAUUUUGGUCUCAGUAAUAUUUACGCCACCGAUGAUCCUUUACGGACGCACUGCGGAUCUCCGGAAUAUGCUGCUCCCGAGCUGUUCAUCAUAGGUAAACGAUACGGGCCGGAAGUGGAUUUGUGGAGUCUAGGAGUCGUUUUGUACGGAAUGAUCAUUGGUCGACUUCCAUUUCUGUGUCCUCGCGACGAAUGGACAUCGUCAGAGGAACGUCGACGGAGGCUGAUGGUCCAGAUCAACAGGGGCUUGACAUCGAUUCAGGAAAGAGCCAUGUAUCAAACGUCAAUCGAAUACAGGAAUCUGAUAAACCGCCUACUCGUUCCAUCGGUUCGUGAAAGGAUCACUAUUCGAGAAAUCCUUGACCACCCGUGGAUCCUCGCGUCGUCAAAAAGCAAUUUUCACCUUCGCUCUGAAGACGACUUGAAUGUUUCCAAUCAUGUCGCGAUAGUGAACGAGAUCGCGACGACAAUGCGAACAACCGUGGCUGCUGUCGAGGCUGAAAUAAUGAGACGAAAAUACGGAGAAAUUGGCGGCAUGUAUAACAUUAAAAAACAUAAAUUGCAUCAAGCAGCCGCUGCUACAUAUCAAUUAGCGCCGCGUCUUCUUCAAAAUUUCACAUGUCGAACUGAAGAUAUUUCAUCAACCACAACCAUCAAAAAAAGUAUUUUUCGAAGUAGUAUUUCCGGGAACUCUGACAAUACCGAUCACAUAAUCGUUAUGCGACGCGGCCAGGUGCAAGAUCGAUCGGUCAAGAAAUCCUCAUUACACGGUUCCACGACGUGGAACUGGCGGUGCCACUCCGGAAACAAAAAUCGCUCUUCCGAGGAACGGAGAAAUUACAAGAUUCAAUACGAUACCACGAAUGCGCUUUUAUCGCCCCAACAAUAUCGCAUGCCGCAAAUUAUAAAAAAUCAGAACGAUAAGAUCCCAGAUCGACGAUUGUACAGAAAUGAAACAAAUUGGAAAUCGAGAAAGUCUAUGUCUUAUAAUAAAUCCAAAAAAAUGGAAAAAAACAGUAAUACUUCUAAUGCCUAUAAAGUGGAUUGCGAAAUAGUUCCCAGUCCUUUGCAAACCUAUUCACGUAUCAGUAGCGAAAGCGUGCCUACUUCGCGAAUCAAAGAGGGUUUUCAUAAAAAAAUACUUACUCCACCGUGGCGAUGUCGAGUUGGAAGUGCGAAAAUUAGAAGAGAUACAUGAAAAGAUAGAAGCAUCUUUAUAACGAUCGGAUAUGAAAAAUGGCGGUUUUCGCUUCGAGGAGAAAAUAUAUUAUGUAUCGAGAUCCGAAGUUGAUUGUGUUAAAUUACUUGCAUGUAUUUUCUUAGCAAUUCGGGAAUUUUUAUUCCCUAUAUUUGAAUCUGUUAAAUGAAUAAUUUUUAUAAUAGGAAAAUAUUUUGUAAUAAGAGGAUAUUU